AGUAAUAUGAUAAAUCUAAAUGGAUGGAUAAAGAUACCUUUAAUAUAUAUAAUAAGAAGAGGUAUGAUCCAGCAUCCUGGGAUCAAUUUCCAUUAGAUUACUAAAAUUAAAGUAAAGUAUUUGUUGAAGGAUUUGAAGUAUUGGGAGAUCCAACAAGAAAGAGAUUGAAAGAAUAAGAAGUAUUUAUUCAUUUAAAUCAUAUAGCAUAAGAGAACUGAAUAUAUUACUACUAUAAAAGAAGAUCAAAUUGGAACUACUCUUCAUAUAUCAAGAUCUUUAAGAACCUUUAAAGCUGAUUAAUUAAUUAAUGAAUAACCUAAUUUUGAUGAAUACUCUUAAAAUGCAAAACUCAAAUAUUACAAAUCUGCUUUAAUUGAAACCAAAAGUAUCGAUCAUUUAAUACCAUAUUAACAUAGUAAUAAGUAUUAUAUUAUUGUAUUUCCAAAAGCUUUAAAUCUCUGGAAUUUAAGAAUCUUAGACCUGAAUUAAAAUCAAAAGUAUUUCGUAAUUCAUUAACUACUUCCACCAAAGCUUUAACUUAGAAUUGCAAUUAGACUCCUUUAAAAACAAUUUAAACAAAAUUUGAAACUGAAUAGGCAACUAAUAAAGUUUAAAUGCAUUCUAAAUUAUCGAGAAUCCAAGAGGUUUCUUAAAAUUUGAUUGGUUCAGAUUAAAAGAUAUCUAUUAAUCAAAAGACUUUAGAAAGUGAAUAGUCAAAAUCAAAGACUUAAUUUAAUAAAUAGUAAUAAUUAGAUAAUCUUAUAAAACUCAAAUAUCCAUAUCAUUAGGAGAAUGAUGAAACUACUAAUAAGAUUUUACAUGAAUAUUUUAGAUGGUAAUGAUUUAUUUUAAUUUAAUAUUAUUAUAAUAAUAAUUUAUCAGAUUUAAUACUAAUCUAAACCAUGAGCAAUAUUAAAGUAUUUUGCAGAAUCCGACCUUUACAUUAAAAAGAAACAUCACUAAUUAAUUAUAGCAUUAGAGAUUAAACUAUACAAUUAGGUGAAUAAAAGUUUACUUUUGAUAAGAUCCUUGAUAGUAAUACAAACUAAUAAUAAGUGUAUGAUGAAAUAGGAAAACCUAUUAUAGAUUAAAUUUUAUAAGGAUUUAAUGCCACAUUAUUAAUGUAUGGAUAAACAUCAUCUGGUAAAACUUACACUAUGAUUGGUGAUUAAUAAUAACCAGGUAUCAUUAGAAGAACUAUCAAUGAUUUGUUUGAUGCAAUAGAGAGCUCUCCAACAGAAUCUGAAUUUAGAAUUAAAAUUUCAAUUGUUGAAAUCUAUAAAGAAAAAGUUAAAGAUCUAUUAGAUGUUAAUAAAUAAGAUUUAAAAGUAAGAGAAAUGGCUAACUAAGGAUUUUAUAUUCAACAAGUAUCAUAAUUAUGGGUUAGUGAUAAAGAUGAAAUCUAUAAUGCAUUAUAAAAAAGUUUGGUCAAUAGAUAAGUUGGUUAUACUAAUCUUAAUGAUAUGUCUUCAAGAUCUCAUCUUUUAUUUUAAAUGGUAAAUUUAUUAAAAAUUCUAUUAGACUGUUAUUAUGAAUAAUGAAAUUGAAGGAACUUCAUAUACAGGAUAAUUAAUUAUGGCUGAUCUUGCAGGUAGUGAAAAUGCAUCCAAAGCAGGAACAACUGGAACCACAUUACAAGAAGGAUCAUUCAUUAAUAAGAGUCUGCUUACUCUUGUAAUUCUUAUUUAUUAUAUAUCUAGUCUAAUGUAAUAAAUGGAUUAUCAGAAAAAUAAUAACAUGUACCUUUUAGAGAAUCUAAUUUAACAAAAUUAUUAUGGAAUGGAUUAAGUAAAAAUUCUAUGACUUCUUUGAUUAUCACAUGUAGUCCAAGUGAUAGUAAUGAAUCUGAAACACUCAGUACUCUUAGAUUUGGAGUUAGAGCUAAAAUGAUUAAAACACAACCAAAAGUAAAUAAAGAAGUGACAAUUAAAGAAUUAGAAAUACAAAAUAAUAAAUUGACUAAAGAACUUGAAGAAAAAAAUUAUAUUAUUAAUUAAUUAAAAAAGGAUGAUAAUAAAGUUAAAAUUAUCAAAUUAGAAGAAUAAAUAUUAUAAUUGAAUAAAGAAAAUUAAUUAUUGAAAGAUUAAAAUUCAUAAUUGAUUACUGAUUUAGAUAUCAGAUCUAUGGACUAUUUAGAAAUUUAAACAAAUUUAAAAAAUUCAUUACUUGAAUCAGAUCGAUUAUAAUAAUCUAAUAUAAAUUAUUAAAAGUAAAUUCAAUAAUUUUAAUAAAAUAAAGAUAUUGAAAUUUAAGAAUUGAAUAAUUAAAUUGAUUAUCUUAAAUAAUAAUUAUAACAAAAAGAUGAAAAUAUAUAAUAAUUAUCUAAACAUUUAGAAAACAUUUAAAAAGUUAAAACUUAAAAUACUUAAUUAUAAUUGGAUGAACAUUGUCUUGAAAAAAUAUAAACAUAAAAUAUGACAGAUUUACUUAAAGAAAUAGAUGAACUUAAAACAAAGGCAUUUCAAGAAAAGAAUAAGAUUAAACAAUUAAAUAAAGUUUAUGAAAGUUAAAUUCUUGUUUAUACAAAACAAAUACAAAGUUAAGAGACUGAAAUAUCUAAAUUAAAUGAAGAUAUUAAAAAUUAUUAAUUAUAACUUAUGAAAAAUAAUAAUGAAUUACUCAAUUUAACAACAUAAAAUAAUAGACUUCUUAAAGAUUUAGAAAAUAGAGUUUAAAAAGUAACUGAAUUAUAAGAAAAAUAUGAUUACUAAUACGAUUAAUUAAAUAAAUUAAAAAAAUAAUUAAAUCUUGAAGAAGUUAGUGUUUAUGAAGAAAAUUAAAAAUUACAUUCAUAAAUAUAAGAAAUUUAAAAAAAGUAUCUAUAAGAAGAAUCUUUAAGAAGAUCCUAUUAAUUAACUUCAAGUUAAACUUUAUAAGCUAAACUUUCAAGAAUUCAAUAAUUAGAAUCGUAAUUUAUUUAUUAUAUUAAAGGGAAAACUAUCAAUUAAAAUUAGAUAUUUAAAACUCAUAAAUUCUAAGAUCAUAAAACUAUAAUGAAUCUGUCAUUGUUUCAUAAUUCUAAUCUGUCAAUAAAGGAAGUACAAUUUCAAAAGUUGUUAAAAAAUAAUAAAAUUACAUUGAUUUAUUGUGA